AUGAGAAAAAAAAACAAAAUAAGCUACUACGAAGAAGUAUACACAUAUAAAAAUCCAGAAAAGUAUGAUGAAGAUGUUGUAGAUAUAGAUAAUAACCUACUAAGGGUUUGGGGCAAUUCUAGGAUUCUAAGUCGAAUAAAUAUAUACUCGAAGGAAAAAAAAUAUCAUGAUUUUAAAGAAGUCAAGAAACAAAAAUACAAGAAAAAUGAUGAUGGUGGCAAGUACAACAAAAAACACAGUGACAAUAUCAUAACGAAUCUUAAAAGUGAUAUUAAAUAUAUGGACAUAUUAAUAUGUGGUGAUAAAAAUAGCGGAAAAACCACAUUUUUAAGUUGCAUAAGCUGCGUGGAUCAACCCAAUUCGAUAUCCAACAAAAUUAUUGAUAAUUAUAAUGAAGAUAAUAAAAAUCAUAAUUUUCAAGAUAUUUUAAAUGGAGAGAAGGAGCAUAUUGGCAAUUUUCCUGAUAAAGAAAAAAGUAUAAAGGAAAAUGUAAUGAUUAAUAAUGAGGAAAAAGAACUAAUAUUAAAUUAUAAUAAACUAGAAUUACUAUCAUAUAUCCCAAUUAUUUAUUCAAAAUUAAGUAACAGAAACUAUGAUGUAUUUUUGAAAAAAAAGCAAUUUAAAAAGGAUUUUUUAGACACUGAUAUAUGUGAAGCAUCAAUAUUUAUUACAAGAGAUGAUUUAAAUUUCAUUAAUUAUGAGUUUAAUAUUGAUAAUAGCUUUUCUUAUACUGAUUUUGAUUAUAUUAAUAUAAAUUUUUGUGAAUUUGGUGAAGAUCUUUUGAGAAAAAUCAAAGUAUAUUAUGAGUUAUUUCUACUAUAUAAUAAUGAGGCACGAUCAAAAAAAAAUGUGAAUGCUAUUCUAUAUGAUCACAACAUGAUGGAUAAUGAUAUAAAAGGUGAAACACAUGAAUAUAAAAAAUAUUUUGGAUCCAAUACCGCAAUAAACAUUAUUGAAGGGGCAAUAUUAAAAAUAAGAGAAACAAAAUAUAUCAAUUAUUUCAUUAAUUUAAAGAGGUCAUUUUUUCUUGUCAAGUCAAGCUUUUUAAUAUACAACCGAUUGAUAAAAAAAACGAUUAAAGGUUAUACGAAAGAAAAGAGGCUUCGAUUGGGUAAAGAAAAUGACACACAUAUAUAUAAGCGAAAAAUUGAUGUUGUUUCAAAUUUAUUGGUAAAGUUAUGCCCAGAUAUAUAUGAAGCAAAACCACCAAGUAAAGAAUGUAAGAUUUGUAAAAUUCGGAAUAGACAUAAUGGAGAAAAUCUUUUUAAUGAAUUUUUUUUUAAAAAAAAAAAAAAAAAUAUUUUUAUCAUGAUAAGUCAAGAAGAUAUGUUAAAUAAUUUUGCAUAUUUAAAUAUUAUUCAAAAUUUAAAUAAUUAUGAUAAAAAGGACAUUCUUUUUGUGGGAAGUCGUGCAUUUAAUUUUGAAAAAAUAAGUAAAAAGUUUCAUAUAUAUUUUAAUUUAAAUCAUAACUUAAAUAUUUUCAAUCAAAUCUUAUCAAAAGAAGGUCCUCCCCUUGAUACUAUUAAAAUAGAGAUAGCACCUAUCUAUUAUUUAUUAAAAAAGUUUGUUAAUAAAAACUGGAAAAUUCAAAGGAGAAGAAAACGACACAUAAAAAAUGAUAGAUAUAACGAUAUAAUUUUUAAGUAUUACUCGACAGAGAAAAUAAGAAAACUAUCCAAAAACAUGCGUGAUGGAAAGACAAUUGAAAAAGAGGAAAGCUAUACAGACCAUCAAAAAUUCCUAAGUAAUAAUAUAACUGUAAAUUUUAUUAAGAAUAAUAAAAAAAAUAAAAGGCUACAACAUAAGCUUUGUGAGGAAUCUGAAUGUAGUAAUAACUACGGAGAUAAAAGUGAUGUCCAAAAGGAGCUUGCCUAUAUUUUAUUAAAAGAAAAGAAAGAUAUUUCAAGUUUUUCAAAAAAUUUCUUUGAUGAAUAUAUAUAUAAGAACAAAAACGUUGCAUAUAUUAAAAAAUUAGUGAAAGACGGUUUUGAUAUAUGCUUUUUAUUCAUUAAGUUGUGUUUUUAUUAUAAGGAGUAUAUUGAAAUGAAAGAGAAAUAUGAAGAGGAUAAUAAAAUAAAUAUUCAAAAUUUUAUCUAUUUAAAACAGUUAGAAAUAAUUAAAAAAAAAGAUUGUCCUUUUUUAUAUCAUAAUAUUUGUGUGCCAUCAUGCAUUUAUGUUUUUAUAAAUAUCCUGAAAAUGAAUUAUCAGCAUAACCCUUUAUAUUCACUAAAAGAAUAUAAAAUGUCAUCUUUAUUAAGAUUUAUUUUUUAUGGUGUAAUAUAUUAUAAAUUUAAGAAAAAAAGUUGUGAUUUUUUUAGUAAUAAAAAUAUCAAAACAAAUCAUAUAUGUUAUUUUACCCCAAGUGUUAUAAUAAACUCUAUAAUAAACUUAUUUGAAGGCAAAAUAAGGAAAGAAGAAGAGUUAACUUAUAUUUAUCAUGAUGGCAAUAAUGAAAAUCGAAUAGAAAAAGAUAAGACUUCAUCGCAUCUUAUGUCACCAAUUCUUAUAAAAAUCCGAAAAAACCGAAACAUAUUAAAACAUAUAAUUAAUAAUAUUGAUAUUAAUAUACAACCAUAUAUUAUAAUUAGUAAUAUAAAACAAAAUUGGGAAUACUUUAAAAGUUAUAUGAUAAAAUCAAAUAUGUGUUCAUACUACGAUGAAUCCACAUAUAUAUACCCAAAUGUGUCUUUUGAUAUUUUGUUAAAUUUUGAAUCACUAGAUGACAAUGAAAUAAAUUUUUUAAAACUGCAUAACACAACUAAUGGGGGCUACCCCUAUACCCUAUCUUUUAUGCCUAUACAAAAUACUGAUAGUAAGAGGCGUAAUAAUUUUAGUAACCGUAAUCAGGUUUUUCAUUUUCCGUUUACUCACAAACUUCUUAAAUAUUUUAAUGACAAUAUUGCUCUUAAAAUAGAAAAAGGAAAAAGGAAUGAUUAUAAUCGUUUAUAUCAUGCCCUGUGUAAUAAUUUUUUUAAAAUGUUAAAACAGUUGCUAAUAUAUUACUUUAAGAAUGGAAAAAGAAAUAUGUACAAAAAAAAAAAUAAGCAAAUAAUGAUAAAUAAAAUAUUCCUACUGCUAAAUUAUGUAAUGGAUAUAUGUUACCUAAUGGCGUACGAAGAAAACAAAAUGUUUGUAUCAAAAGAAAAAGGGUUUGUUGUUAGUAAUUCGCAUGUUCCAAACACCACAAACGGACAGAAAAAAAAAAUUAUUUUUAGCAUCUAUCCAAAUCAUGUGUUAUUUAAUUUGGUUUGUUUUAUAUGGGAAGAAAUAAAAGAUAAAAAAAAUCCUUUAAUAAAUAAAUACUUGAAGUAUUUAAAAAAGGAAUUAUUUUUUUCCAUUCAAUGCAAAAAUUAG